UCCACGCGCCCGAGUCCGCCUGAAUCCUAAGACGCCGCGGCACCCCCUGAUCACGAUCGUGCCCCGUCGUCCCCUGUCCCCUCAGAUCCCAGGAUGUCGUCGUUCCAGCCGCACGAGAGCGCCGCCCCCGCCGCGAAGCUGUGCGCCGCCGGCUGCGGCUUCUUCGGCAGCCCAGCUACCCACGACAUGUGCUCCGUCUGCUACAAGAAGCACCACAGCGUCGUCGACGUCAGCGGCGGCGGCUCAGGCGCCUCCGCCGCUGCCGCGGCAUCCGGACCCGUCGCGCGAUCCGCUUGCGAACCGGCGGUGGCGGCGCCCGCCGCUAGCGUCUGUCUCGUACCGGCUAAAGACGUCGCUGAAGCCGCCGCAUCGUCGUCCUCCUCCGCCACCGCGCCCGAGGCGGCGAGGAAGGCGCAGCCGAACCGGUGCGCGGCGUGCUGCAAGAAGGUGGGGCUGACGGGGUUCGUGUGCCGCUGCGGGAAGACAUUCUGCGAGAGGCACCGGUACGCGGAGGAGCACGGCUGCGCGUUCGACUUCAAGGGCGCCGGCCGCGCCACCAUCGCCCGUGCAGUGCAAUGGAUUCAGAACUUCAGAUCACAUGUAAACAUUCUGUAUGGCCAACCGUCGCAACUUUCGCAUCAACUCCUCUCGAUCUGAAGAGCAGCGUCUGGCUAGAUUUGUGCGAUGCAUGCCCAUCAGGGCUCAAUUCCGUUCGUACUGUUUUGUAACCAGCUGAUGUUUGGGAACGUGAUCAGCAUUCAUAUAAAUUUUGUUUUUGUCCUCGUUUUCGUAUAAUCAAAGAUCGUAUCUGCUUACUCGAUCUGGUUUGACGCAAGUAGUAGUACUACAAUCUACAC